AUGGAGGGAUUUCCAGGUGGUCAAUUUCCAACAAAUGUGUUUGCUGAUAAUAAUGUCAAAGCCAGCAGGCUUGAACGUUUAAAUGAGUUGAAAAUAAGCUCUAUAAGACCAAGACAUUAUGCUGUCUUUUUCCUAUUGAUUUAUAUUAUAUUUGAAUGUAUAGUGAUUGGUUCAUCAAUAACUUCAGGCACAAGUAGCACUUAUGUCAUAAGAUUAAAUUACAAUAGUUUUUCAAACACUGCUCGAUUUUAUCCAGACGCUGUCACUAAAGUCGAAGUACGAGUUGGAUAUUUUUCAUCUUGUUUAAAGGCCUCAAAUAACGAAACAACCAGUGGAUGGAGUUGUGGUGAUAAUGAACCCAGAUUAUUAGAAAUUAAUAGAAAUUUCGAGCCAGAUAGCACUCCCAAUCAAGAUUUAUUAAAUUUCAUUCAAUUAACUGCCACCAAAUUUAGAGAAGAGUGUUUAACUCCCUACAUCUUAUUAGUGUCAAUCUUAUUGUCAUUUUUUACAAUUGUUUUAUUUGCCUUUGUAUCUCCCACAAGUCAGCCAAAGAUGUAUCAAUUUUCAACAGGUAUUUGUUACAUUGGGUUUUCUUUGGCUUUGGUAGCGGCUGUUUGGCAAGAAACCAAUGUAUUAACUGGUAAAAUUUUAAUGGCUUCAAUGGAAGACGAUUAUUUUGGUUUAGAAACUAAUGCUGGUGUCUCUGCGAGAGUUUUAAUUUGGUUUGGUGUUGCUCUUUUAUUAGUUUCUUGUUUCGCAUUAGGAUUUUUAGCUAUAAAGGGUAAAGUGGCCCAUGAAACAUCUCGAUCUAUUGAAAAGGAUUUUGGUGGUCCUUCGUUAGGUGGUCCAGUUGGUGGAAAUACAACUCUCAAUAUACUCAAUUCAACAUUUUAA